GAUCACCCUUGUCCACUGCUCUAAUUCCAACAUCUCCUUGGAACUUAGCUCUGAGAUUCACAGGCAAAGGGAUGAUGAUAGAGGCCAUGACCGCCUCAUAUUCACCUCUUCUAGUUCAAUCAAUGGCUAGCCCAAAGCCAGUACCAGCAGCUACCAGGACUGUUAGUUCUAAAAAGGCUACAACAUUCUUCCCUCUUGGGAAGCCAGGACCUCGAACCACCGUAUCAGGAACUGCACCAUCUGUAAAACUAUUAACAAGGGUGGAGCAGCUGCGCUUGCUAACCAAAGCAGAGAAAGCAGGCCUACUGUCGGCAGCAGAAAAAUUUGGUCUGUCCCUGUCAACAAUAGAGAGACUAGGACUUCUUUCAAAAGCAGAAGAACUUGGAGUGCUUUCAGCAGCGACUGAUCCUGGAACUCCAUCUGUCCUUUUCACCAUCAGCUUCUUGCUGCUGGUUUUGGGUCCUUCCUGUGUCUACUUGGUUCCUGAGGAUUAUCCUUGGGAGAUAGCGUUGCAGAUUGUAGUAGCUUUGCUUUCUGUCAUUGGCGGAUCAGCUGCUUUUGCAGCGUCAAAUCUUGUAUCUAAUUUGCAGAAAUCAAAUUGAGUUGCAGAAUUUUGCCAAAUAUGGUAUUUAUAUUUUUCCUUUUCUU